CUAUGCAGUAAUAUGGAAAAUGGUCCCCAUCUGACCCACGAAAACCCGAAGAACCUCCGUUUGGAGAGCGACAGCCAACUGGACCGGAUCCCUAUAUCCGAUUUCUUCCCCUUUAAGCCUGCAGCCCUCUUGAAAGAUAUUUCCAUUGUCUCAAAUCCACCCAUUGUGGGGGUGGCUCUGCAGAAGUUUGCAGAGGAAAGUUUGCUGUCACUGGCUGUGGGGAUGAGACUGAUGGAGGACGGAGGGGACGGCUGCUCGUAAGCAAACGUUAACGCCGACAAACAAGUUAAAAGGACAGGGAAUGCGACAAAAACGCCCCAAGGAGGCGGCUGAUGUUCAAGCCUGAAUUGGAAACGUUUAUCAGGAUUGUCACAGUUUAAGUGCCUGGUCGUGACAAAGCGAAACGCCCAUACAAACAUAUGGAAACAGUUUAUAUUGACAGUCGACGCGGUGUUAGAAAAGCAUUAAAUGUUCUUAAAAUAUAGGCCACCGUCCUGACAAAAUGACCCGUUCAGACUGCGGGCUCCACGCGUUUGGACAAGGAGUUUCUCCUAUUCACCUCAUCAUCGCACUUCUGAUGGUCCUAGAAAACUCCAAAACGUUGGGAUUAUCACAUGAACCAGAGAGAUCUCUUUAUGAUCUGCCUCAGUAUGAAGUGGUUCACCCCACUAGAGUGGAUGCCAAAGGUCAUUUCCUGUCCAACUUCCUGUCUCAUCAUGCUCGCCGUGUACAGCGCAGGGAGACCUCUGAGGGACCAGCGGACUUAGAUCGAGUAUUCUACCACUUGUGGCUCCGGAGGCACAAUUUGCACUUUAACCUCACCGUCAACUCACACCUGCUGGCUCCGGGCUUCCUGACGGAGAGGAGGUACGGAGGCCUGGAUGGGGCCCAGAUCCAUCCUCCUGGAUCCUCCCAGUGCCAUUUUUUUGGUAAAGUGUGGGAUGAGGCCACUGUUAAAGGCAAGGCAGCCAUAAGUACCUGUGAUGGACUGACAGGACUGUUCAAGCUGCUGGAUGAAGAGUUUUUCAUUUACCCUCUGGAGAAAUCGAACGAUGAGACCGCAGCACCACAGGCACAUGCCAUCUACAAACGCCAUGCGUCCCCUGCCAUCCGGAGUCCAGUUGUGCAGCCAAUCUCAGGGAAACGAGCUCUCAACAGUACCUGCGGAGUCAAAAAUUCCCAUCAAAGUUUUGGAGACAUUGAGAGGAGUCGUGAGCGCUGGGAGAAACAUAGAAGAAGAAGGAGAAUUCAUCAGCGCUCAGUUAGCAAAGAGAAGUGGGUGGAAACAUUGGUGGUGGCUGACCCUAAAAUGGUGGAGUAUCAUGGCAGCAAAGCUGUCGAAGGCUACAUCCUUGCUGUCAUGAACAUUGUGUCGGGUCUCUUUCAAGAUGCGAGUAUUGGAAACGCAGUCAACAUUGUGGUUGUUCGACUCAUCCUACUGGAGCAGGAUGAGGAUGACUUAAAGAUUACGCAUCAUGCUGACAACAGCUUGAACAGCUUUUGUAAGUGGCAGAAGAAACUAAACAUGAAAGGAGAUGAACACCCCCUGCACCACGAUGUAGCAGUUCUGCUCACCAGGAAGGACAUCUGUGCAGCUAUUAAUAGGCCUUGUGAGACUCUGGGUCUGUCGCAUGUGGCGGGGAUGUGUCAGCCGCAUCGCAGCUGCAGCAUUAAUGAGGACACGGGUCUGCCGUUGGCCUUCACUAUAGCACAUGAGCUGGGACACAACUUUGGGAUUCAGCACGACGGCAGCAGUAAUGACUGUGAACCCAUUGGGAAGCAACCUUUCAUCAUGUCUCCACAGCUCCUCUAUGCCACCUCCCUGCCCAGGUGGUCACGCUGCAGUCGCCAGUAUAUCACCCGCUUUCUAGAUCGCGGCUGGGGCUGGUGCCUCGAUGAUCCCCCGGUGGAGGAGAAGCAGUCUCUGUACUCUGUGCUUCCUGGGGUUCUGUACAGCGCUGCCCAUCAGUGCCGACUGCAGUAUGGAUCUGGGUCCCUGCUCUGUGAUGACAUGGACAAUGUGUGCAGCACUCUGUGGUGCACCGUGGGAGCAACCUGCCACUCAAAGCUGGACGGGGCUGCGGAUGGGACGAGAUGUGGGGAGGACAGGUGGUGUUUCAAUGGGGAGUGUGUAGCAGUCGGAUAUCACCCUGAGAGUGUAAAUGGCGGCUGGGCAUCCUGGAGCGCGUGGUCGGUCUGUUCGAGGACGUGUGGGGCUGGAGUCCAGAGUGCCCAAAGAGACUGUGAUAACCCAGUCCCUAGGUACAGAGGGAAGUAUUGUCUGGGAGAGCGACGAAGGCACAAGGUCUGUAACACCACGUCAUGUCCCCAUGACCUGCCCACCUUCAGAGACAUCCAGUGUAGCCACUUCAACACCAUGCCUUACAAGGGAAAGUUAUACCAGUGGGAAGCAGUCAUCAACAGAGUCCACCCUUGUGAACUGCACUGUCGUCCACUGAAUGAACAUUUUUCUGAAAAGAUGCGGGACGCCGUCACAGAUGGGACGCUGUGCUAUGAAGGCAGCAAAAGUCGAGAUAUGUGCAUCGAUGGCAUCUGUAAGAAUAUAGGCUGUGACUAUGGGAUUGACUCCAAUGCAGUAGAGGAUCGCUGCGGGGUGUGUCACGGUAAUGGAUCCACCUGUACAACUGUGAGGAGAACAUUUGAGGAGAGUGAAGGACUCGGCUAUGUAGACAUUGGGCUGAUCCCAGAGGGAGCCUGGGAUAUCCGGAUUGAAGAGGUGGCUGAAGCUGGGAAUUUCUUGGCACUACGAAGCGACAACCCAAACAAGUAUUUUCUGAAUGGUGGCUGGACGAUCCAGUGGAAUGGAGAGUACAAGGCAGCUGGGACAAUAUUCACUUAUGUGAGGACAGGACACCUGGAAAACCUAGUGUCUCGUGGGCCCACCAUGGAGCCACUGUGGAUUCAGCUUCUCUUUCAGGAGACCAACCCAGGUGUGCGUUAUGAGUACACAAUCAGUCGGAAUGUCUCAGAAGACAACAACAUCACUGCCUCAGUUUUCUUCUGGAAAUAUGGUUCAUGGACUGAAUGCAGUGUUACAUGCGGAACAGGUGUUCAGAGGCAGAUUGUCCACUGUGUGGAAAAGACAACGGGGAUAGUGGAGGAGCACUUCUGUGACCCCUUAACCCGACCUGACGAUAACCAAACCAUCUGUAACAAGGACCCGUGUCCAGCCAAAUGGUGGGUUGGGGAGUGGCAGAAAUGUUCAGCGACCUGUGGCAGCUUGGGCCUAACUAAAAGGACAGUGCUCUGCAUCCAGGCAGUGAGUGUGGAAGAGCAGAAAGCCCUGCAACCCACUGAAUGCAAACACAUACCCGAGCCUGAAUCACUGUCCUCCUGUAACACGCACAUCCCCUGCCCUGCAGACUGGACCACUGGCAGCUGGUCAAAGUGUUCACUGACUUGUGGAAGUGGAGAACGUCACCGUAAUGUAAUCUGCUCUAGGAAUACAGGUGUUGACUGUGACCCUGAAAAGAAACCCUUAGCUGUCACUGCUUGUUAUGUUCAGGACUGUCCGCAGAUUACAGACAAUUUUGGAGAUACCGACUGGUCUGGAAGCGGCUGGUCAUUCAAAGAAGUGCUCAAUGAAAUUAAUUCCAUACAUGAAGCUAAACCUCCACCCAAAUACAGCAACACCAGGUCCCAAACCAGUAAUCAUAACAACUUUAACGACAUUGUUGAGGGUGAUUUUCACUACCAUGGUAGCACUGAAAAUAUUGACCAUAACCGUGUUCAGGUUGAUGAUUUUUACUAUGAUUAUAACUUCAUCAACUUUCAUGAAGACUUGUCAGAUGAUUCUGAGAGCAAUGAAAAAGAAUCUGAGGACAGAUUUAGUAAUCCACCGCAGGACAAUCCAACCCACAGUGUGAAAGUAAAUACCUCUUUUGAAACUACAAGAGCCCCCACAGUUAAUUUAGACAUUUCUACAAAGGCCACUGCCAGCACUUUGAAUAGUGAAGAGACACAGCGCACAAAUCUGGACAGUGUGCAGGACAAUGGAAAUACAGCAACAAAGAAGUCUAUGCAAACAAAUUCUAAACAAUUGGAUGAUUUUCUUUCUGAGGAUUAUCUUCUGCCCAUUGCUACAACUCGCUCACCACCAUUAUCCACAAAUGAGCAUUUACAAACACUCAAAAAGCAACAUGACAGUGAGAACAUUAGCACAAUGCCUAGUCCGGCUUUCACUACAAAAGAGCCUACACAUGAUGUGAAAUGGGAACAACAUAGCGAGGAUGCUGAGAAUAACUAUGACGAUUUCGAGGAGGAAAGUCAUUCUGAGGACAUUACUGUGACUUCAAACCAUGCUGCUGAAAAAAGUAUACUAGGUUUGGACAUUUCCGCAGAUCAAGAAGAUGUAGAGAAUCCAGAACCGUCAAGCUUUCCCACACCAGAAACUAUAAAUCAGGUUAAGGUUGAAGAAAUACCUCAAACAACUACUCAGUCAACUAUAUUUCCACUUGCCUUCACAUUGAAGGAUGUGGACUUGGAUCAGACUAAUUCUAAAUCAGUAUAUGCCACUAGCGAGGGUAAUUCAUGGGAUACUGACCUUGACCUCAGUGCAACCUCAUUUUCUGCCUCAGAGAAGUCCACUUCUCUCCCUAUUCCCUUUCUGCAAAUCUCAGGGAACCACUCCACAUUGAUAACUGGAACAGAAUUCAUACCUCGUACCAACCCUAAGGGAGCGACUCAGGCUUCUCCGGCUGAUUUCCCUCCAGCUAUGAUAGAACAGAUACCUACAAAACCUGCCUUCACUGACAGAACUGGAACAGAUUCCACAUCCCAAGUUCCAUCGUUUGAUGGAGCAGAUUUUGAAUACAAUGAAAUAGUAAUCCCUCCGAUGGUGAGGAGCAGCAGCAAAAGUGAUCUUGACCCUCCAUACAAGCUUCCAACAAAUGCAGUAGCCACUCCUCAGCAUAGCACAAUACCAGUAAAGCACAUGGAAUCACAAACACCUACUGUGCCCACUUUACCACCUCGUCCACCUGGUCUGGGGCCGCUUCCAGUGCCAACGCCUGUCCAAACUUCAACUUCCACAAAAGCCACUGCUGCCUACUGGGUCACUGGCAACUGGAGCACUUGCUCUACCAGCUGUGGCCUGGGUGCCAUCUGGAGGACUUUGGCUUGCAGUACUGGCUCAGACACUGACUGUGAUCCAACGAAGAGGCCGGCACCAGCACAGCAGUGUUACCUGCGCCCCUGUGCUACAUGGAAGGUUGGAGAAUGGAGUAAGUGCUCUAAGAAUUGUGAAGCCGGAAUUAAAUCACGAGAGGUCCAGUGUUUUGACAUGCGGGAUCAAAGGCCCCUGCGACCUUUCCACUGUCGGGCCAUGUCCUCCAGGCCGCUAGCCCAAAAACCCUGUAACCUUCAGCCAUGUCUUGACUGGUACACCUCCUCUUGGGGUCAGUGCUCUGAGGUGUGUGGAAGAGGUCAGCAGCAGCGUUUAGUCACCUGUCCAGAAGAGGAUCAAUGCGACAGGGUUCUUCAGCCAAGCAACAUUCAGUUGUGUAAUACCCAGCCUUGUGCUCAGUGGCUUACUGGAUCUUGGGGACAGUGUUCUGUGUCCUGUGAUGGUGGAGUGCAGCGCCGUCUCAUCAAAUGUAUUAACACAAAAGCUGAAACAGAAGAAGAAGUUGACCCAGCUCAGUGUGACCAUGAGCCACAGCCUGAGAGCACCCAGAGGUGUAACAUGGAGGAGUGUGAGAGCGGCCCCUCUGAAACAGUCUGUCUUCAUGACCGGCUCACGUUUCGUUUCUGUCGGACUCUCCACAUGCUUGGCCAUUGCAACUUGCCCAGUGUACGAGUACAGUGCUGCAAAACCUGCAGCCAGCGUUCCCGCCCUAGCAUCACGACUAGCCGCUGAGGCGCAACAAGGUAGCCACUCACAUGGCUCAUCAUAAGGAACAAUGAUUACACCAAUGAGUAAAGGAACAUAUUCAUUUCAUCACCAAUACACACACCGCUCAAAGAUUAGUUGUGAACAUACUCCAAAACGCUGCAUGUUUGCACUGGUGAAAUGAGUGUACAGGGUUGAAAUGAAUUGGAAAUGCAACAAAGCAUUGCCUCCCUCUUAGCAAAACAAUGAGAAUGUAAAUAUUUUUUUUUAUAUUAUGUAGUGUCAUAGCUGUUAAAAAGAAGGGUAGUAUAGAAGGGUCUCCUAUCAAUGUAGCCAGGUUAAUAAUGCAUUAUCACACAUCUAGAUAAACCGCUCAUUAACCUUCAUGGUUGGCACAAUGCUCUCAUUUUAAGGACAGCAGCAAAAACUGUACAGAACAACGGAGACGGGUAUAAAAUUCAUAGUGUGGGUUUAAGUAUUAUGUGGUAUAAGUGAUGCAUAGAUGCUUCAUGUGACAUUUAUAAAUAACUGACUGUUUACUAAGCCCCUUAGUUCUUGUUCCUACCCACGUCAAAGUUUUUGAUCUUGCACAUAUUGUAUGUAGUUUACAACAGCUCUCCUUCUCCCUGCUCCACUGUGCUCUACUAUGAUCUGUUACCCUCCACCAGGCUCUGCCCAGCUCUUCAGUUAAUCGUCAUUAUGAAAUUACAAUAAAUGAGAAUGCAGCAACUGAUCAAGCAGAAAUAAUUGAAGAGCUUUGAUUGGUUAAAAGUCAAUCCCGCUAAAAACAUUUAGAAGAUAAUAUCACUGCACUGCUGCCAGUGCUGUUCAAUGAGUUUAGGUCUCAGGAGGCUUCGGCAGCACCUCUCCACAUUAAGACAUGUAUUAGAGCAGAUUUACAACAAAAAUACAGUUUUUAAAUAGUUACAUACUGUUGCUUUAAAGUAGAAGUUGACAAAAGCAGGUUUCUCAUUUCUAGUUUGUGACAUAUUGUCGUGUGUUUCAGUGACAACUACCACUGGCAAAUUUACCAGCUAUAGCUAGCUAACAAGCCUAACUUUGGCUCCGUAUGCAGUUUAGAAACUCUCAUCGUAAACCUCAGGCAAACCUUUCAGUGUUUUGAGUUGACUGUUUUAACAGAAAAAAGUGAGCAUUCUCACCGGUUGUAGUAGAUAUGGAACUAAAGAAACACUCUUGUUAUUGUAUGUUUUCUGUGUUGAAAAGAUAUGCUGAGUCUUUUUCUCAUUCUAAUAUAGUUUGGUGAGAGUCGUGCUUUGAUGUUUGUAUUUUUAAGUUAGGCUUUGAGGAUGCUGACUAAGCUAUGAUUGGACUAUCACUGUUCAUGGGAGGGUUUUAGCAAAUGGUCAAAUGGUUAAAUGUCCACAGCAAGCAUUUUUGAACAGUUGUGUAAUGUAACACUUUAGCUUUACCGCACGUUUUUAUGUAACAAAGUAAAAUUUAAAUGUGAAAAGUGGAGAUGCAGUAAAUACUUGGUGCUACAGGCCACACAGGCUCCAAACAUUUUGCGUCUGGUAUUGGCAGGCCCAGUACCUUCAUGUACUUGAGUAUUGGAUAAACUGAUGCCAUUAUUUUUAUUAACCAUGAUUGAAAUAUGAAUCAGAUUCAACAUUUCAGAAUACACAUUUCUGAAGUGAUUAUGAAAUUGUUAGAAUGGAGAGAAACAUUAGUGUCAUAUCACAUUAGGUUUAGUAAUGUGUAUCAAUGUUCUGGUACUCCAGUCUUGGAUUUAGACUCGAGUCUGACUCGAGCCCAGAUUUUAAGGACUCAUGACUCGACUUGGACUUGGACUAAAGCACUGACCACAUUCAGACUUGGAAGAUGUGUGUGUGUGUAAUAGACCAUAAUAUUGAUAUUAAAACAUGUUCACUAUGCUGUAUCAGCACACUUCCAUUGAAGCGUGCACUCUGCCUUUCAGUAAAUCAUUUUUAAGUAUCAAAUUGCUGAGCAAUAUGGUGAUGGGACACACUGUUAGAAAGUUUGGAAUAUAAAAUGGUGAGAGCUGUGUCAGUUUUGUUUAAUGUAGAUCUUGAUGACUCUGGGACCCAUUUUGGGGAUCCCCAGCAUCUCAUCAAGAUGUAUUUGUGCAAGUGGUGUUUGGGUGUGUCCAUGUUCAUUAUGGUAAUUUGAUGACAAGGAAAAAUUGUUCAAGUGACCUUGCAAAUAUCAAAAGGGCUGUACUUCAUCUCCUCAUUAAAGCAGGGGUGUGUUUUGGACAUAACGUACAAUUAUCCAAUCAGUGUUUAACCUCACAGCCCCUUUAAGAGACGUGUGAG